GUGACUGGGCUGGGUUUCCCCCACUCAGCUCUUGUAUCACUAAGAAUCUGGCAGCCAGUUCCGUCCUGACAGAGUUUACAGCAUAUAUUGGUGGAUUCUUGUCCACCAAGCAGAGCAUCUGCUUUAAGAAUUAACGAAAGCAGUGUCGAGACAGUAAGGAUUCAAAGCAUUUGCCAAAAUGAAUCUAGGUAUGUUUCCUCUCCUCUUGGCAUUAAUUGGCUGUGCCAGCAGCAGCUACUACUAUGAGGAUUAUGAUUUCCCCCUAUCGAUUUAUGGGAGAUCAUCACCAAACUGUGCACCAGAAUGUAACUGCCCUGAAAGCUACCCAACGGCCAUGUACUGCGAUGAGCUGAAAUUGAAAAGUGUGCCAAUGGUGCCUGUUGGAAUCAAGUACCUUUACCUUAGGAAUAACCAGAUUGACCAUAUUGAUGAUAAGGCCUUUGAAAAUGUAACUGAUCUGCAGUGGCUCAUUCUAGAUCAUAACCUUCUAGAAAAUUCCAAGAUAAAAGGAAAAGUUUUCUCUAAACUGAAGCAACUGAAGAAGCUGCAUAUAAAUUACAACAAUCUGACAGAAUCUGUGGGCCCACUUCCCAAAUCUCUGGUGGACCUGCAGCUCACUAACAACAAGAUCUCGAAGCUUGGCUCCUUUGAUGGACUGGUUAACCUGACAUUUGUCCACCUUCAACACAAUCAGCUGAAAGAGGAUGCUGUUUCAGCUGCUUUUAAAGGUCUUAAGUCACUUGAAUACCUUGACUUGAGCUCCAAUCAGAUGACCAAAUUGCCUUCUGGUCUCCCAGUAUCUCUUCUAACUCUCUACUUAGACAACAAUAAGAUCAGCAACAUCCCUGAUGAGUAUUUCAAGCGUUUUAAUGGAUUGCAGUAUCUGCGUUUGUCUCAUAAUGAACUGGCUGAUAGUGGAAUACCUGGAAAUUCUUUUAAUGUAUCAUCCUUGCUGGAGCUGGACCUCUCCUAUAAUAAACUUAAAAACAUACCGACUGUCAGUGAAAACCUUGAAAACUAUUACCUGGAGGUCAAUGAACUUGAAAAGUUUGAAGUAAAGAGCUUCUGUAAGAUCCUGGGACCAUUAUCCUACUCCAAGAUCAAACAUUUGCGCUUGGAUGGCAAUCGCAUCACCCAAACCAGUCUGCCACCGGAUAUGUAUGAAUGUCUACGUGUAGCAAAUGAGAUCACCGUUAACUGAUAUCUACUAAUUCCAAUUAUACUGAGAUAUAUCCUGGAACAGCAGUUUAUGGUUAUGUUUAUUUGUGUGUCAGUUUUUCUAGUAUUCAUUUUUUGUUGCUGUUUAUUGCUUCCAUACAUUUCAAAUUCUGAGGGAAAAUGUUUUGUAAACAUUUUACUACUUUUUUAAAAGAAAAGAUGAAAGGCAGGCCUGUUUCAUCAAAAAUACAGACACACACACACACACACACAUAGACAAUAAAAUGAAUGCUUUAUUUGUAAAUUUAGUGGGUUUUUUCCUAUCUCCUGUCAAAUGAUGUGAAAAGCUUUCUACUGGUUUCGUGGAAGUCAGCCAAGUUUUAUAAUUUCUAAACCUUAACUUAAUGUGCCAAAAAGCAUGGAUUACAUGCCUAUGGGUGUUUACUGUCUUGAAGCAAAUUAUCUCAAUGUUCAAAUUUGUUUAGCUGAAAAAUAGAUGGUAAAUUUUGAGACAAAUGAUCUUGCAAAUUAGACAAAAUUCAUGAAACCACAUACAAUUAAAGCAAUAUUUUUAGUGUUAGGAAUAUAUAUUUACCUAACGAAACUUUUCUUUUCUAGAAUUAUUUUUCACUCUAAGUCAUAUGUAUGUUUCUUUUUGAUUAUUUGCAUGUUAUGUUUAACAAGCUAAUAGCAAAAUAAAACAUAGCAAAUGGCA